ACAUGACGGUAAGUCCUGAUACUACCUCCUGGUUCAGACAGACAGGCUGCACGGAGCGAGGCUAGCUGUUAGCUUCAACUGUCUAGACGGCCGAGAUGAGUUUCCUAGGAGGUCUGUUUGGGCCGGUGUGUGAGAUAGACGUACUGCUGAACGAUGCAGAGAACAGAAAGACAGCCGAGUUAAAGACAGAAGAUGGGAAGGUGGAGAAACAUUACCUGUUCUAUGACGGAGAGUCUGUGUCUGGCAAGGUGAAUCUAAAUGUGAAGCAGGGAGGAAAGCGGCUGGAGCAUCAGGGCAUCCGCAUUGAGUUUGUUGGACAGAUAGAGCUGUUCUCCGACAAGAGCAACACCCAUGAGUUUGUGGAUUUGGUGAAGGAGUUGGCUCUACCUGGGGAACUCACCCAGAACAGGAGCUACGACUUUGAGUUCAUGCAGGUGGAGAAGCCCUAUGAGUCCUACACGGGAGCGAAUGUCAGGCUAAGGUACUUCCUCAGGGUGACAAUAGUCCGUCGUCUGUCUGACCUGGUGAAGGAGUACGAGUUGAUCGUCCACCAGUUAGCCACCUACCCAGAUGUCAACAACUCGAUCAAGAUGGAGGUCGGCAUAGAGGACUGUCUGCACAUUGAGUUCGAAUACAAUAAAUCCAAAUACCACCUGAAGGAUGUGAUUGUCGGGAAGAUCUACUUCCUGCUGGUCAGGAUCAAGAUCCAACACAUGGAGCUACAGCUCAUCAAGAAGGAGAUAACAGGCAUCGGUCCCAGUACGACCACAGAGACAGAGACGGUUGCAAAGUAUGAAAUCAUGGAUGGUGCUCCAGUUAAAGGAGAAUCAAUCCCCAUCAGACUGUUCCUCGCAGGAUAUGACCUGACACCCACCAUGAGGGAUGUCAACAAGAAGUUCUCUGUACGCUACUUCCUAAAUCUGGUGCUGGUGGAUGAGGAGGACAGAAGAUACUUUAAACAACAGGAGAUUGUUUUGUGGAGAAAAGCUCCAGAGAAGAUGAGGAAAAGAAACUUCCAUCAGCGCUACGAGUCUCCCGAGGCCCGAACCCCACCAGUCAAUGCAGAGCAGCCAGAGAUGUGAGGACGACACUAUGAACUGAAAAUACACACAGAAAAUACACCAACUCUUCACUGCUGAACAGCCAGAGGUGUGCGGGCUGCCCCACUAUCCCCCUGGACUGAGAAAUGUAUACAUGAAUACACAUGACAUAACUUCAGACAUCCCCAUCACCACUCCACAGCUUCAGACGAGAGCUGUCCAACCACCUUCACUCUCUCCCCGCCAGGACUGAAACACACUCUCAUACAGACGCACAAGCAUACGAUCCAAGAUGGCUGAAAGCUAAACGUCAAGGCAAGAGUGCAAAUCAAACCGGCCCAAGCAAGGAACAGUGAGGCAGCCUAUGUCAUCUUGGCGUCUCAGACUGGAAACACACACACAAGCACACACAAAUGAAGCCAUACAGUCUCAGAUAUCUGAAUGCAUAAUAAAACAGGAGCAAAGACGGAAAAGAGGAGGCGGCCACAGACAACCGCCACACGGUUAUCCCUUUCUUCUGCAACAGGAGCUUCUGUUGUUUGCAAAUUUUGGCAGCACUUACCCUGGAAUUUCUCCGGCAUCUUCCCUCUGACAUCCCCUGCAAAAUUUCUGGAUGAGCUAGUCAAUGACUUAAGGUAUUCAAGACAUGUGGGGAUCAGCCUGAACAAAGGACAUGAGAGGCUAAGCUAUGAGUCAACACACGCGCUCUGUGUUCAUUCACAAUACCUGAGUUUAAGCUAUGCUAAUACCACUGUGCUCUCGACCAUCCAUCUACCUGGGAGAUCAAGUGUUUCCCAGUUGUUGUUAAGUAUGUUCCAACAGUCCACAGGCUGCUUCUUCCAUGCAAGUGUCUUGUUUAGUGCAACAAAUGUUCAUCUUAACUUAACAUCUUAAUUUAAUUUUAUAUAUCAUUUUCAAAUAUAGCGUUUUCAUGAACAUUUUUUGCUCUCAGGGUGUGUUAGCACCAAACAGGAAGCGGAUUUUUGCCUCGUGUUACUUGUAAGAAUAUGGCCGCUGGGUUGUCUUUGAUAUUUACUGUGCUAACAGUUGUGCUAACUAACUGAGGAAAGCAGCUAAUGCUAACGUCAGUGUUAAGUCACUCAAAGCAUGUUGCUAAAAUGCAACUCAACAAUAUGGUUUACAAAAGUAACACGUACAUAUUUUCAGAACUUAUCAUGUAGUCCCAUGUCUUCGCUCACUUUUCUCCGAGCCCUCUCCUUUUUAGUUUAAUCUCCAUACAGUUUAAGUUUAUCCUCCAUCUCUCCUUCUCAGUGACGUCAGGAGAAUUUCAACUAGAUCUCAAUGGUAAAAGGCUUUUGCGACACACUUGCAUGAAUGUUUUGCACAACCUGAAGAAUUUCGUCUUGGGUGGAUACAUAUAUUUCCCAUAUUCCUGUCAUUCUCGUCAUCUGCCGUGAAUUCACGUCCAUUCGGUUGUAAUUGUGCCCUGUGGAAAAAUUUGCCUCGUGCUGGGUUUAAAUGCACCUUUAUGUUUCCAGUUCCAGUCCACAUUUCGUUCCAUACAAGAAAUGUGUUGGAUCCAAGGUGAACAUUAUCAUUUCACUGUAUUUUAUUUCCUAAAAUAAUUUAAAUAGAUAACAAUCAUGUAGUGUUGCUAUUGAUGCUUAAUUUCAUUAUCGAGUAACCUGCACAUUCUCGAUUAAUUGAUGAAUUUAGUCUAUAGAAUGUCCGAAGAAAGUGAACUGGGUCCAUCACAAUUUCAUAGAGCUGUGGUGACAUCUAUGAGUAUCUUUUUUUGUUUAAAAAUACUCAAUUUACAGUUACAUUAUAGAGAGAAAUGCAGCAAAUGCUUGUAAAUUGUUCUCAUGUAGUGGUUCCUUAAAAACUGACUGAAACGCUUUAUCAGCCAUCAAAAUAGUUGCCAAUUAGUUUUCAGUCAUUUUCCAAAUCAGUAAGUCGACUAAUUGCUGCAGCUCUAAAAGCAUUAUACUUUGAUACAGGUUCUUUAGCUCAAUACAACAUUUCAACAUCUCUUGUUAAGAUGAAUAUUUGAUGCAGUGAUGUCUGUCUGGUUACCACAGAACUGCCUCCAAACGUAUUUGGAGAUUCACUCUGAGUUUGAAGAAGUUUCUCUGGCACGAGGCCUUUUGUUUGAUCUUAAAAGUGCCGCUUAUUUAUGACUAAUCUUGAAGAAUAUAGAAACCAUUUCCUCCCUUAAGUUAUUUUAAGGGUCAGCUCACCCAAAUUACAAUUUUGAUUCCAUUGACCUCCAUUUUAUUAAGGUGGAAGAGGAGAUUAUAGAAAGAGAUAUCAAAACUUAAUAGAAAAUAUGUUUAUAUGUAAUUUGGGUGAACUGAACCUUUAAGUUCAUGUGUCAGGGCUGGUGUCGGCUGACUCACAUCAGCUGACUUAAGAAAUAUCUCCAGUAUCUUAAAUUCAAAGGUUAAAAAAAGGUUGAAAGUUGAGGUUGUCCAGCCUCUUAUACCUGAAAAUGAACACCUGUCAUCACAACAUGAAUAGCGGUUUUUAUUUAUAUCAGUGAUGCAUUAGACAAAUUAAAUGACGCUAGCCAUGAUCAGGAGAUUCGCUGUCAGUUUCACUUUCUCUUCGCAGGUUGCAUCUUUGAGCGUGUUGGUUUGGUAUAAGUAGAAUACUAAUGUUAAAAAAAAAAAGUCUCAUGUCUGUUAUUGUAAGCGCUGGGAGGGAUCUCAUAUCAACAUACUGUAAACAAUAUUCCACUGUGACGCUCAGACCGGCUGUUUAGGUCCUGCUUUAAAGACACACGCUCAGAAACACACAGUUUGGUGAUGUUACCGGUCUUGUGUGUAGGUUGAAUUUGCCCUUAAGCUCUGAUCUGUGGCCAAUUUUGCACUUUCCCCCUCCGAUGCUUAACUUUGUUUAAAAGGGGCAUGGAAGCUGAAACUAAACAUGACUCAAGGACAACUUCACCUCAGAGAUCUCCUGUGUCUAUCAUGGAAAUGAUACUGUCAUUUAUAUAUCACUACUUGUUUUAAUUGGACGUUAUUAAGUCAUUUUUUUGUUUGUUUUUUUUGUCUCUUUCGUGUGCAAGUCAUACUGUCAUGUUACAUGUUUCAUUUCAUAAACCUCUGAACACCCAUCCACAGUUGAGAUUUUAUUUGUUUCUUUGCAAUCUGGUUUUCUUUUGUUUGGGAACAGCGUAAUUUAUUUUCAGGUGAUGCUUUCUUUCUGCCUGUCAGACAUUUUCUGUCUUUCUGAACACUGUACAGGUGGGGGGUUUUUUGGUGUGCUUUAAAUACCUGCAGAGGUAAUGAAGAAACACUUAAAUGCCAAAACUCUCUGCCCCUGUCUUAUCUACUGCAUGUUAAUCUUUAUACAAUGUCUAAUCAUGCCAUCGACAUGUGCGUGUGUGUGAGUGUGUGUGUGCGUGUGUGUGUAUAUGAUAAUAUGUGUAUAUACACCAAACCCAAAUAUAUAGCCAAAAUGAAUCGUGAAUAAAGCAAAUUUAUACAGAA